AUGGUGGUUGCCAACGACCCGCUGGCAAUGUUGCUGCUCAAGCAGGAUGUGGAGACGUUUCUGUACCACGAGGCCAACCUGCUGGACGACCGGCGGUACGAGGAAUGGCUGGACCUGCUCGCGGACGACAUCCGCUACUGGGUUCCCAUGCGCCGCAACGUCAAGUUUGGCGAGUUGGAGCGCGAGUUCACCCGGGAGGGCCAGGACAUCAACUGGUUCGACGAGGGCAAAACAACGCUGACGCAGCGGGUCCGUCAGAUCCUGACCGGCGUGCACUGGGCUGAGGAACCGCUGUCUCGGAUCUCCCACCUGGUGACCAACGUGGAGGUCACCGACGCCAAGCCUUCCGCCGCGGAUGCCACGGAGGUGUCGCUGCGCUGCCGGUUCAUCAUCUACCGCAACCGCGUCGCCACCGAGACCGACAUACUUGUGGGCCGGCGGGAAGACGCCCUGCGGCGGGUCGACGGGGAGUGGCGGAUCGCCCAGCGGCAGGUCUUCCUCGACCAGAACGUGCUCCUCGCCAAGAACUUGACCUUCUUCUUCUGA